CAUCGCAACAGCCUCAAUCCGUCCUCCUCUCCUCCGAUCCCCCUCUUUACUCGUCUCCUUCGCCAGCAAUGGCUUCCAAGUUCUUCCCCGCUAUCCCGCGGGUUGGCCGCCAAUUGUUCCACCAGAUUCCCAAGUCCCAAUGCAGACCGUUCUCGGCUGGCCCGCAACGUUACAGCGAUACACUUGCCGUGCAUCGCAACAAGCCUAACAACAACCCCUCUAUCCCUUUCAAGUUCUCCGAGCAGAACAUGAAACUCGUCGAUGAGAUCCUCAAACGCUACCCUCCCCAGUACAAGAAGGGUGCCGUUAUGCCCCUCCUGGACUUGGGCCAGCGCCAGCACGGCUAUACCAGCAUUAGCGUCAUGAACGAAGUCGCCCGUAUCCUUGAGAUGCCCCCAAUGCGCGUUUACGAAGUCGCUACUUUCUACACCAUGUACAACCGUGAGCCGGUUGGAAAAUACUUUGUUCAGCUUUGCACCACGACACCCUGCCAGCUCGGUGGCUGCGGUAGCACCAAGAUCCUCGAAGCUAUCCAGGAGCACCUGGGCAUCACUGCCGGACACACAACAGAAGACGGCCUUUUUACUUUCAUCGAGGUCGAGUGCCUGGGCGCCUGUGUCAAUGCCCCCAUGGUCCAGAUCAACGACGACUACUACGAAGAUCUCACGCCCGAGUCGAUCAAGACCCUUCUCACAGCCCUGAAGGAGUCCGCCACAGCUGCAGAGAGCGGCAAGGAAGUCAAGGUGCCCGCGCCAGGCCCUCUGAGCGGAAGACACACCUGCGAGAACAGUGCCGGGCUCACGAACCUGCAAAAUCCUGUGUGGGACCCCGAGACAAUGAUGCGGAAGGACGGUGCCUUGGAUCAGCAGGCUUAAUCAUGUUCAGUAUGAUAACUCGGUUUAACAAUUCAAAGUCUUCUGUUGCAGCUUGGUUUCCUUUUCCUUUCCAGUGGAAUCUUCGCAGUCUCGUCUAUGAUGAGAGAGAUUGUGAGGCGUCUUGACACUGCAUGAUUCCUAGAUAUCUACCAUGUACAGUACGUUAGUCUGAAGUUCCUUUGCUUGGCGGUAGACAGCAUGAUGGAAGAUCAUCUACCAUAGAUGUUUGCUAAAACAUCCCAACGAAGCUCCG